GGCAGCGUAAGGUAGGUACUACAAUGAGAUAUCAUUGCUGCGGCUGGUAAAACGAGAGAAAUUAAAAAUAAAGGCAAAUUAGCUUGGCGAGUAAGGCUGAAGUGCAACCUUAAAUCGCAAUAAAUAAAGAAAAUACUGGUGCGCUUCAAAAGCGUGCACCUUCUUGUGCAAAAAAUAGAGUUCACAAUGCUCCAUUGUGUCUUGUUCUGAAGAGAGGUUCUUGUUCCUGAAGAGAGGCGUGAAGGGAUCCCCUGACCGCGUCUCGCCCACUGCAUAUGCACGGAAUCGGAUGUGAGGUGAAGCCGCCGUCGCUGCUCUUGGAGCUCGUAGAUAUAUCCUGGCACUGCGUUCCUCAGAGAUACCGAAACGAUGAAGUUCAGCCUGAACCCGUUCACGCUGUCCCACCAGAUCCGCCAGAUGGGCGAUCCCCGAACACGGGACUACCCUGUGGUAACGGACCCUCUGUUCGUAUUCACCCUUCUGCUAUCCUACCUGUAUUUCGUCAAAAUUGCCGGCCCUCGUUGGAUGAAGAACCGGGAACCCUUCCGGAUCCUCAACAUCGUGCGCGUCUACAACUUGAUCUCGAUAGCCCUGGGCAUCCGCUUCCUCUACCUGGUGCUGAAGUUCACCUACCUUCCGGGCGGCCACUACAACCUCUGGUGCCAGGGCAUCACGGGUUACAUGACCGACGAGAUGCGCGAGUACUACCGCACGGGCUGGAUCUACAUCGCGGCGCACUACAGCGACCUCCUGGACACCGUGUUCUUCGUGCUGCGCAAGAAGUUCACCCACGUCUCGCUCCUGCACGUGUUGCACCACACGAUCGUGGUCGCCAACACGUGGUUCUUCGCGCUGUUCGCGCCCGAAGGUCAGCCCACCAUGAGCAUGUGCCUGAACGUGUUCGUCCACGUCGUGAUGUACUCGUACUACUUCCUGACGACCUUCGGUCCCUCCGUGCGCAAGUACUUGUGGUGGAAAAAGUACCUGACCACACUGCAGAUUGUGCAGUUCGUCCUGAUCAUGAUACACUUGUCCAUACCGCUCUUCGUCGACUGCGGCUUCCCGAAGCACUUGGUCAUGUUGGGUAACGUGCAGACGUUCCUCAUUCUGUGCCUCUUCAUAAACUUCUACGUCAAGACGUACGUCGCCAAGCCCACUCACGCCGUUGCGCAGGGCAGCGAAGGCGCCGAAUGCAAAGUUGUUGAUUCAGUUCUGAACGGAAAAAAUAAACGAACAUAGCGAAUCCAA